ACACCUUAUGUUUUUCGUCAUUUAAUAUUGUGCACGAACAAAUGGUGGGCUAAUUUAAAAAAAAAAAAAUAUCAAAAGAAGAAUCACAUGCUUAUUUCUUGAAGAUCGGAGCGUACUAUUAUAAAGGAUUCGAUCGACUGAAUUUUUAGUUACAAACUAGUAUGUGCUAAUAUGGACCUUCGAUUAGCAGUAUUUUUAUUUAUUACAUCAUUUAUUGAAAUCUUCUCAGAAAUUGUGUCCAUAAAAGACUUUCCUUAUCAAGUGUUAUUAAAAUAUAAGAAUGUACCUUUUUGUGGAGGCUCAAUUAUUUCUAACCGACAUGUUCUAUCAGCGGCUCAUUGUGUCUUUGGAAAGUCAAAAAACUUCCCUGACAUGACGGUGCACACGGGCACUACAUAUAUUACUGAUGACUCGACGGCAUAUUUUAUUUAUCGUGUUGAUAUUCACCCAAAAUUCACUGGAAAAUUAACAAAGCCAUACGUUUACUGCAAUGAUAUUGCUGUUAUCACGAGUCUAGACUAUGUGGUUUGA